AAAACCAAAAUACUUUGUCCAGUUUCAUCAAGAACUCUAAGCGUCACAUACAGAACCCAUAAUGAAAACAGGACAGUAAAUACUGGAAAUAUCUUCAAUAUCUGUACACGACUGUCAUUCAUCCUCGAACUUACUUUCACUACUUCACUGUAGUAUUCACUCAUUCACUAAACAACGCUCACUACUCUGCCUCACGUCAAGUCGCAUGUCUGGCAACGAGCAAAGACUAUGUUUGAUUUCUCCACUUCAAAAACAUCGGUUCAAGUAUAGUACAUAAACAGUGAAGAAGUUGAUUUGGAAAUUUAAGUAUCAGUGGAAACUGUAGUUAUAAUUUUACAGUGAAGUCAAACGAUUUUAUUUCCAUACUUUACUACUUGUCUGUCAUAACCUGAUUGCCCUCGCUAUUGACAGUAUUCUGUUACAUUAUGACUGAUUUAUCUACCCUUUUGCGAUCGCUUUCUAGCAAAAAGGGAUUGCCAGAACUCAUUACUCUGUCAGGUUGUGAAGUGUGUGGGGAUGCCCAUCCUACAAAGUCUUGUCCAUUACUUGCUGAAGCAAAACAUGUUCAAGAUGCAAAGAUUCCCUCUAGAGCCAGGUUAACCUUGCCUCCAAAUCUUGCAGUUCUCAAUGUAGCUGAUGGGACAUCAGUAAUUGCAAAGGCAGAUUUUGGUUGUGGUGCUAUGUUUGGCCCAUUACAAGCUCUGCAUUCUGCAGCAUUGCCCGAGGGUGUGAAGUUCCCACUGAAGAUAUUUGGGCAAACAGAAAAUGACUCAUAUUAUUUAAACACAGCUGAAGAAGAUUCAUGUAAUUGGAUGUGUUUGGUUUCUCCUGCAGCUUCAGCAGAUGAGCAGAACCUAAUAUGUUAUCAGAUGAAUGAGAAGAUAUUUUUUAUUCUUUUGAAAGACAUAAAGGCAGGUGAAGAAUUAAAAGUAUGGUACGCCCCUAAUUAUGCUGUUAGAAUGGUGGCAUCUGCUUAUAAGAUUGCUCUGAACACUAGCUCUAAGAAAGCUAAUGAGCAUGUUGAACAUGCAUCUGAAGGAGACACUGUUUACAGUACAAAACAUAAGAUGAAAAAAAAUCGAGAGAAAAGAAUGGAAACUGACACAUUGUUAGACACAGAAAUUAUGCAGAAAGUUGCUGAGCAACUACCUGCUAAAAGAUUGGGAGCAUGCCGUGUUCCUGAAAAAUGGCGUUGUCGAAAGUGUGGAAGUGAGGAGACCAGUGUUGUGGCUUAUGCAAAACACCUCAUGAAGCAUUUUAAGCCUGCCUUCUCUGACACAGUGAAACCUAUACAAUGCCAUCUGUGCAAAAAGACAUUUGGUUCUGAAAAGCUGCUUGUGAAACAUAAAGUUAUAAGACACGGGGCUGUAGUGCAGCGACCAGUCCUUUUAGCCAAUAUCAGAGAAGAAGAUACCGGUGAUGGUCAAAGCUCAACAUCAGAUAAAAUGAGAGAGAUGGACAGACCUCUAAGUUCUCAGAGCACUAAUUUCAUCAAGAUCUCUAAUGAUGAAAACACUAUAAAAGAAAUGGAAAGCAAAUCUCGCACAUUAUACACUCAAAUGACGAGACAUGCAGUGACACACAAUCCAGGAAUUCAAAAUGUUCCAGUAGUGCAGGCAUAUGUGGAUACCACCAACCCACUUGUAUCAAAUACAGCUACAGGACAUGAUGUUAAGGCUGUAGAAUUUCUUUCGGAACAGUUGAAGGGGACCUGCAGUCUUACUUUAGAUGAUAUCAAAAGUAUUGCAGCUGUUAAAGACAAUAACACAUUUGCCCAAGAACUGUUAAAGAUCAUUAAUGAAAAACCUUCACUUGAGACUGCUGAUAUAAUGGCAUCCAACAACACUCCAAAUUCUGAGUUGAGAAACAUAGAGACAGGAAACAGAAUAAGUGCUCGUGGCACAAAGUAUGACUUUGAGUUGAGGGAUCUUGAAGGAGGAAAUGGUAUACUCAAUGAAUCAGGUAAAGCUGUACCUGAAAUUAGCUCUUUGGCUACAGGGAGACCUGAUUAUGAAUUUCUGAUUGUUUCAUCUAAUGAAAACAAGAUUUCUGGAAAAAUUAAACCUUAUGUUGAGUCAACAAAUCAAUUUCAGUUGGAUAGUACUUUCUCUGAUGAUCAGGAGCUUUGUUUACACCAGCCUUCAUCGUCUUUAAAUGCAGUUGUUGUGCCUGAGGAUGGAAACAGUUACCAGCUCAUACUCAAUGAAAACUGUUCAGAAGGGAGUGGAAAGGAAUUAGAAUGUACCUCAUUAUCAUUAAGUAAAUGUUAUUCAGACAAAGUAGCAGAGAGUGUCAUAAAUAUGUUGGAAACUGACUGGGAACUGGUCACUGGAUCUGAUGAUGAUUCGUCAGCCCUCAUGGGAAUGGUUCCUUCAUCUGAUAAAAAUGAUAAAUCUGCAUCCACAAAUAUCACAUCUUCAAGCUUGACAAAAUGUUCACCAGAAGGAGAUAAGUUUCCUUUUAAUCUUCAUGAGGUCUCAUAUCCUUCUGAAAUAAUUCAGACUCCAAAAAAUAAAAAUCAGAUGAGUGACAUAGAUUGUAGCAGUACGAAAUUUAUGGAAAGCAGUAGUGGCCAUGAAGAACAGCCUGGACUUAUCGCAGUGAGCUUUAGCCUGGAUGAUGUUGCUAUGAUGCCAUCUGAUGGGUCAUGUACAAAUUAUAUGUUUAACUUGAAUAACACCUCUGGUAAAGAAGAAUUAAUAAGUUUCAGUGCAAAUAAUAUGUCAUUUGAAGAAAAGGAACACAAUUCUCAGUGUAAUGAUAAAGGUACCAAUUCUGAUGUAGUCAAAUUAAAGAGUGUCACAGAACAGAUAGGAAAAAAUACUCAAGAUUUGUCUGCUGUACACAGUGAACCAGUUAGAUGUGUUUCAAGUGUUUCCCUGAAAAUUACUGAGGAAGAUCACCAACAUAGUACUGUGAACAGAGAUGUCCCAGACUUUGUAACACCAAAGGAAGAUUUGAGUCAUCCGCAAGAACAUUCUUCUCAACACGACUCUGCUGGUGUGGAAACUGCAAGUGAAAACUAUGGCAAUGUGAGUGAUAACCAAAUGAAACAGAAUCCAAAAGAUAUUGUAACAUCCUCUCUGUCUUUUGUACCAGAAGAGAAAAAGUGUCAUCUGAAUAGUGCAGAGGAUCAUUUUGAUUCAUCAAAUCAGUCAUUCUUUGAGGCAGUAUUUGAUCUUGGAAUUACUUCGAAUUGCCUAGAAAAGUUUCCCAAAAAUGAUGAACAGCCAAGUGAUAUUAGAAGUAAUUCAUUAAUGAAGGACUUAGACACAGUAUUGCUUGGUGACAAUGUACAGGACAGUCAGAUCUCUUCAGAUAAGAAGCAAGUUACAAGUGACUCAACUAAAAAGCAUUAUGUACUGGACACAGGUCCACCUUACAAUUGUGAUAUCUGUGACAAAGAAUUCCACAAGGCCAUAUACUUGUACAGGCAUUUGAAGAAACAUGCAGGAGAGUUUGUCUGUGUCUCAUGCUUAACAGUAUUUGCCCGGAAGGAGAAUCUGGUUAACCACUCUUGUUUUGGUGCUGAUAAAUCAAACUUUUUAGUUUGUACUUUCUGCCACAAGACGUUCAGCACAAAGCUGAUGCUUAGAAAACAUAUGGUGAAACAUAUUGCAGGUGGUUUUUCAUGCACCAAAUACCUGAACAAAGGUCCUGAAAAGACUGCUACUGGUAACCAGUCACCACCGCAGCCCAAACCAUUACGAUGCCCAAUUUGCCGCCGUGAAUUUCGAUACCGUAACUUGUGCAGACACUUACAACAACACAGAAAGUUGCGACCAUGUAGAUGCUGUGGCCGCAGUCUUCCUGGCAAUAUAGCUCUUCAUGAAGCCUAUUGCUCUCAGGACAAUAUCCUACAAAGUGGGAAAGAAGCUGAGUGCCCAGAUUGCAAGGAAAAAUUUUCUGAUGUUGUUCUCUUUCGGUUGCAUAUUUUUCAGCACACCCAUCCUUAUAUUUGUCAAACCUGUAAGCAAGCUUUCCGCAGUGAUAAGGAUAAAUGUUGCCACCAAUGUAAAAAAUGGUCUGAGAAAUGCCCCAUAUGUCCUCAGGAACUGUCAUCAUUGGUAGAAUUGGAACAACAUAUAGUAUCACAUGAGUUGCCUCAAUUCCACUGUUUUGACUGUGGCCGUAGCUUCCUUAAACCUGAUGCUUUAUUUGCACAUGCAUGUGAUGGACUUGAUGUUGAUUAUUUGUUGGAGGAAAACAGUAAAAUUAGCAAACCAAAGAUCAGUUUAAUAUGUGAAGUGUGUGGUGAAGUAUUCCAUAGCAAUGCCAGCCUGAGUACUCACAAACAGUUACAUGGAGAACCGAGGUUUCAGUGUGAGAUCUGCCACAAGAUAUUUCAGCGUAGUGACACACUGCAUGCACACCUUGCAGUUCAUAGAGAGGCUCAGAUUCCUUGCCCUGUAUGCCAGAAGAAAGUAAAAACUAAGAAAUCACUUGCUGUUCAUAUGAGACAGCACAUGGGAACACGCCUGUUUAAAUGUGAUCAGUGUGGAAAGGGAUUCAACCAGAAAAUUAAUCUUAAUAAGCAUUUACAAGUCCAUGAAGACAUAGACAAAAGAAAGCAGACAUGUCGCUACUGUGAUAAGACCUUUCUCAAUCGUGACUCUCUGAAAAUUCAUGAGCUAAAACAUACUCAAGGACAGCCACACUCAUGCCCACUGUGUAACAAAGCAUUUGUAAAGGAACAUCAACUGCGGAAUCACAUUAAAAGGUUACAUGCAGGUCAGAUCCUAUCAUGUCCCUUCUGCCCAUUGACCUUCAGACAUCGCAGUUCCCUUAGUCGCCAUCUUGAGAGACGUCAUGCAGAGCUUCGUGACCAAUGGAACACUCCAAACUUCUUAGAGAGUGUCAGUGCAAUAGCACAAGAGUCACUCUCCUGUCCAUACUGCUCCCAGACUUUCAAAAACAAUAAUUCUUUGUACCAUCAUUUAGAGAAGUCUCAUGGUGAUAACCGUGCUGAGUGGAGUAUUCCAAAUUUGUUACAAACAGUAACAGUAGCACCACAGGAUACAGAAGAUAUAACAGGUGUUCCACAAGGUACUGAAAUUAUUUUGACUGUAUCUGAUUUGCCAGUUUCUGUGGAAAAUCACCAGUCUGAAACACUGACAAGCCAGCAUCUUCCUGAAUCUGAAAGUCAAAAUUCCACUAAUAUAGCAGUUGAAAAUGCCUUCAUCUUGGAGGAUGGAACUAUCAUUCAGGGCAAUGGCCAUGAUGUUGGUGAAUUAGUCCUCUAUGUUUUAGACAAUGAAGAUGUCUGCAUUAAUCCUGAGUUACAAUCCAUGUAAUGCUGCUAGUCAAAUGUAGUAAUGAGUCAAAUCUGUGAUAUAUUAGACAAUAAGUUCUCAAUGUAUUUUGAAUUGAGUUUUUAUGUUAUUGACAUGUACAAAUUUAUACGAAGUACAUUAAAAUUUUUGGUCAGUUUUAA